AACUGAUGCAUUUCUCACAACCCCGUUUCAUAUGUAUGGAUAUUUAUAGCUUUGGAGUUGUUGUCUUUUGGGAAGUGGAUUAAGUACUUCAACCAUAUAUCUUGGCAUUUUUUGGUUUUUUUUGGAGGUUUUCUGAUAUGGGUUUGUGGGGAAAUUGGAAUUGGGGAGGUGGUGUUGCAGUUGAGGAUGUUGACUGCUGUUUUAGGUUUGAUUAAUAAUAUAUAUGUAUGUUUGGCUUUUGGAUUUGAAGAGUAUUCUUGGGUUUCUGCAUUAGUUUUUGGGAGUUGACAGAGAAGAGGAGAGGUGUUGAAAUGGGUGCCGCUGUUCAUUUAGGAGUUAUGAAGAUUAGUUUCAGCUUGAUUGUUCAGACAAAUACUGUUUCAUCAUGUUUAAGUUGAUUCAUUGUAAGAACCAUUUUGCAGUUUGAGGAAGCUCUUCAUCAUCUCCUCUCUUCUGGUAUACAUAAAGAUGGGCUUCCCACAUCGGACGAAAUUGCUUUUGUCCCUAUUCUCCAUUCUCACACUUUUUGUCUUAAACUUCACACAAAUUUCAGGUUUAUCAGGAAGACAAUUGCUUCAAACAGAGAAUGUCUCAGAACCCAUUAGACACUCAGAUGACACAAUAAGGGUGGACCCUUUAGACCAUUUCAACAAGUACAGAGGAGGCUACGACAUCACAAACAAGCAUUACUGGAGUUCAACCAUAUUUACGGGCGUUCCGGGGUAUGCCAUUGGAGUUGUGUGGCUUCUGUGUGGUGUUGGAUAUGGAGGAUUUCUGCUGAUAACCACCAUCUGGUGUAAAAGGGACAAGAGAAAGCUGAAGAAGAAGAGAUCACCCUGCUACAAGCAGUGUUAUCUAUGGCAUAUCCUCCUGGCUUCAUUCUUCACAAUUCUGGCAAUAGUGGCGUCCGGAUUGGUUCUUGGAGGGAAUGCGAAAUUCCAUUCCAGAGCUCGAACGGUGGUGGAUAUCAUCAUGGAAACAGCGAAUAAGGCAUCGGGAACCAUCUAUAACACAACAGGGGCAAUGAGAAACAUAAGACAGAAUUUAGAAACAACUGAUGUAGGUGCUGAAGCUUCAAACUUCCUCACCUCCACAUCAGAUAAACUCGAUGUUGAAGCUGCAGGUAUAGAGAGACAAGCUAGGAAGAAUAGGCGGUUGAUUGACAAGGGCCUGAAGAUAGUGUAUAUAAUCACUACUGUGACCAUUUCCUUGAACCUGGUUGCUGUCAUUGCCCUCUCAGUUUCCGGGUUUCUGAAGUUCAGGAGGGCACUCUACUGGCUCAUUGUGUUCUGCUGGUUCCUAACAUUUAUGUGCUGGUUGUUCUUUGGGAUAUAUUUUUUCCUGGAAAAUUUCUCGAGUGACACAUGCACAGCUCUUGAAGAUUUCCAACAAAAUCCAUCCAACAACAGUCUGAGCUCGAUCCUUCCAUGCGAUGAAUUGCUUUCUGCAAAAUCAGUCCUGUCAAACGUUAGUGCAGGAAUAUACGAUCUUGUAAAUGAGGUGAAUACAAACAUAUCAUCCCUACAGCAAACAUCAUCUCUAAACCUCGCUCAUGUCUGCAAUCCUUUCUCGGCACCACCAGAGUACCAAUACCAGGCUGGAAACUGUCCAGCUAAUACAAUUCCAAUAGGUGAAAUUCCUCAGGUAUUGAAGAUAUUUACUUGUUCUGACACCGACAAUGGCACAUGCAACAAUGGAGAAUUCAUCUCCACUAGCCACUUUAAAACAGUGGAAGCUUACACAACUGCAAUCCAGAGCCUACUGAAUGCAUACCCAGGUAUGGAAGAUCUCGUAGAAUGUCAGACAGUUAAGGAUGCUUUUUCAGAGAUCCUUAUUAAACACUGUAAACCAUUGAAGAGAUACAUUCGGAUGGUUUGGGUUGCAAUGGUUUUUCUGUCAGUAAUUAUGGGAGUUUUGGUUCUGGUCUGGACGGCACAAGCUCAUCAUGAGCAAAACUAUCAUUCCUCAGAUGGAUCAGUGAAACCCCACAUUACAGUAGCAAAUAUGCUGGACUCUGGACCAGCUAAAGCAAGUAACAGUAGCUCAGAAAAUACUUCGGUCUAAUAAAUAGCAAUCAG